AUGAGUGGUGCUGAACAUGUACCCUUUGAGCUAAACUACAACAUCACAUAUAGUUCACAUCAUACACAAUUUCUUAACCAACAUGAAGAGAUUGUACUAUCAAUAGAUAAACAUUCAGGAACUGGAUUUAGAUCUCUAAGGAGAUAUGGUUCAGGAUUAUUUGGUAUAAGACUAAAGCUCCCGAGUAAUGAUACUGGAGGAAUCAUUACAACCUUUUAUUUGAUUUCGUUGCCGAACAAUGAUACCCAUCGAGAUGAAGUUGAUUUUGAAUUUUUGGGUAACAAGCAACCACCCUAUACGCUAAGUACAAAUGUGAUUUCAAAUGGCAAUUUACAUCGAGAGCAACAAAUUUCUCUAUGGUUCGAUCCUACAACAUAUUUUCAUUUAUACCAAAUUCUAUGGAACCAACAUCAACUAGUGUUAUUUGUAGAUGAAAUCCCCAUUAGAGUGUUUAAAAAUGAUCCAAGUAUCGGACCUAUUUUUCCAACAAAGCCAAUGGAAAUUCAAGGCACUAUUUGGAAUGCAACAUGGGCUAAACAUGGAUCGUUACCUGAUUGGAGUCUAGGACCUUUCAAAGCAUAUUAUCAAGGAUUUGAUAUUGAUGGGUGUCCCGCAACCAACUUGAACACUACAGAAUGUCAUGAUUAUAAGUAUGCAUGGAAUGGAGAAUAUUAUAAGUCUUUGAAUCAAGUUCAAGAACAUGCAUAUGAAAUUGUCAAGAGAUACUACUUGAAAUAUAACUAUUGUACUGCAACCCAUCCUUCACCCCCUGAAUGCAAGAUCAAUAAUUAA